GAAACAGUCCUGUCCUCCUAAAGGCAGAAUAGGAUAGAAUAGAAUUGUACUGAUUCUCUAAACAUCUAAAUCCCAAAACUUGUAACGAAAAACACUACAGAAACUCUUUAUCAUAAUUGAGGAGAGAGGAAGAGAUUGAAUGAUCAAAAUGACUUCCUUCUUCAAUCCCUCUCUUCCUAUCUUGUUCCUUUCCAUUCUUAGCUUCCUCAGUCUUACCGCUCAUGCUGCUGACCCUUAUCUUCUCAGCUACGUAUGUGAAAACACCACUUUCAGCGCCAGUGAUAGCAUCUACCAAUCCAAUCUAAACUCCCCCCUUUCUUCUUUCUCCUCCAACGCCUACGUCGAUUUCUUCGCCACCACCCGCGGCUCAGACACCUCCGAACCUGUCUACGGCCUCUUCAACUGUCGCGGUGAUCUCACUUCUCAAGACUGCCGAGAUUGCGUGAACGCAGCAGUGAAAGAAAUAACCAACAAUUGUUCAACACAAAAAGUCGCUAUCAUAUGGUACGAUAUGUGCGUUUUGCGCUACUCCAACAGGUCUUUCUUUUCCACCGUCGACGAAACACCAAUGUUCGGCUUGUUGAACACGCUGGAUGUGACUGAUCCGAACAAGUUUAAUCAGUUACUUAACGCGUCGUUGAUUGAGUUGUUGGUUGAGUUGGCAAAGGAAACCUCGAACGUUCCAACCGGUGCUAAUAAGUUUGGGACCAAGCAAGUGACUAUGACUAAUUUUCAAACACUUUACAGCCUUGUACAGUGCACACCGGAUCUGUAUGGCACCGAUUGCAAUAAUUGUCUUCAGGACGCUAUAAAACUUCUUCCUUCGUGUUGUAGUGGGAAGCAAGGGGGCAGAAUUGUUUUUCCCAGUUGCAAUCUUAGGUACGAAUUGUACCAAUUUUAUGAAACCGUAGCGACGGUGCCCCCACCAUCUCCAGGGCUUCAACCACCAUCUCCAGGUUCCAUCAGUGGACCAAAAGGAAAAGACGAAAUCUCACCGGCAAUUAUUAUCGCCAUUGUUGUUACAUUUGCUGCCUCUGUGUUGCUAGUCAUUCCGGCCUACUGUCUCCUGCGGAGGAGAGCAAAAAAGAAAUCCAAUGCUAUAAAUGAUGAGAGUCCCAAGCAAUCUGAUUAUGGUCUCCUUAAUUAUCAUGGUAUGCAAGUGAUUUUGUGUUAA